AUGGAGGCCCGCCCCAUCUCAAAGACGCAGCGGCCAGUGACAGUCACGUCACUCGUGACCUUCCUGCUGUCGCCGCAGGUGCGGAGGCUUCUGGUCGGGGCCGACUCCCGGCCAGGGCCGACCCCCGGCCAGGGCCGACCCCCGGCCAGGGCCGACCCCCGGCCAGGGCCGACCCCCGGCCAGGGCCGACCCCCGGCCAGGGCCGACUCCCGGCCAGGGCCGACUCCCGGCCAGGGCCGACUCCCGGCCAGGGCCGACUCCCGGCCAGGGCCGACUCCCGGCCAGGGCCGACUCCCGGCCAGGGCCGACUCCCGGCCAGGGCCGACUCCCGGCCAGGGCCGACUCCCGGCCAGGGCCGACUCCCGGCCAGGGCCGACUCCCGGCCAGGGCCGACUCCCGGCCAGGGCCGACUCCCGGCCAGGGCCGACUCCCGGCCAGGGCCGACUCCCGGCCAGGGCCGACUCCCGGCCAGGGCCGACUCCCGGCCAGGGCCGACUCCCGGCCAGGGCCGACUCCCGGCCAGGGCCGACUCCCGGCCAGGGCCGACUCCCGGCCAGGGCCGACUCCCGGCCAGGGCCGACUCCCGGCCAGGGCCGACUCCCGGCCAGGGCCGACUCCCGGCCAGGGCCGACUCCCGGCCAGGGCCGACUCCCGGCCAGGGCCGACUCCCGGCCAGGGCCGACUCCCGGCCAGGGCCGACUCCCGGCCAGGGCCGACUCCCGGCCAGGGCCGACUCCCGGCCAGGGCCGACUCCCGGCCAGGGCCGACUCCCGGCCAGGGCCGACUCCCGGCCAGGGCUACACAAAUGAUUUCAUCUAG